AUAAAAAAAGGGCUGCCAGAACAUGUAUAAAUACAGAGCUAAAAGAUUCUUUCUUUUUCGUGGAGCGGGGAUUGUGGAUUAUAAUCCGGCCGGUCCGAUUCUGCAGCUGGAACCUCCAGCCUGAGGAUCAGAGGGAGGAAACACAAUCAGCAGAAAACAUGGUAGGAUUCAAACCCUCGGAUGUUCCCCCUCCACUGGCGGUGAAGAUGUCGAGUGCAGGAUUAGCCGCCUGCAUAGCCGACCUCUGCACAUUUCCUCUGGACACAGCCAAAGUUAGACUACAGCUUCAGGGGGAGAAGCAAGCGGUGGAGGGCAUCCGUUACAGAGGGGUGUUCGGCACAAUGGCCACCAUGAUCCGAACGGAGGGCCCCAGGUCUUUGUACAACGGGCUGGUCGCUGGUCUGCAGAGGCAAGUGUGCUUCGCCUCCGUCAGAAUCGGCCUCUACGACAAUGUCAAAAAUUUCUACACAGGCGGAACAGACAAUGCAAGUGUGCUGAUACGAAUCCUGGCCGGCUGCACCACAGGCGCGAUGGCAGUGUCCUUUGCGCAACCCACCGACGUGGUCAAGGUUAGAUUCCAGGCCCAGAUGAACCUGGACGGUGUGGCCCGUCGCUACAAUGGCACCAUGCAGGCCUACAAACACAUCUUCCAGAAUGAGGGCAUCCGCGGACUCUGGAAAGGCACACUACCCAACAUCACAAGAAACGCACUGGUCAACUGCACAGAGCUGGUGACAUACGACCUGAUCAAAGAGGCCAUCCUGAAACAUAAACUGUUGUCAGACAACCUGCCCUGUCACUUUGUGUCUGCGUUCGGCGCCGGCUUCGUGACCACAGUGAUCGCCUCCCCCGUGGACGUGGUGAAGACCAGGUACAUGAACUCGCCGAAGGGUCAGUACCGGAGCGCGAUCAACUGUGCCUGGACCAUGGCGACCAAAGAGGGGCCCACAGCUUUCUACAAAGGGUUCGUACCCUCGUUUCUAAGGCUGGGCUCAUGGAAUGUUGUGAUGUUUGUCACAUUCGAACAAAUCAAGAGAGGCAUGAUGGUCACCAAGAAGAGGAUGGAGGACACAAAUUGAGAUCUGGGUCCCAACGUUUGGCUGAAAAACCUGAAGCACCACAGAAAAAAGAAACAUUAUGAAUAUCAAUUCUUUCCGUGGUGACAAAGAAAACAAUCCUUUGCUGAAAAAGGACAAAUGGACAAGCUACGCUAUGUGUAAUGAGUUUUCACUUCAAAGGGGAUUCUGGUAUCUUUUCUGUUGUUACCAGACUCUGAUCAAAGUCUCAGAAUAAGAAUUUGAGCCUGUUAAUUGUGAAGAAAAGCACUUUUAGUGGAUUGUCACAGUUGCCCCAAUGGAUUACAUUGUAGCCACUGCUGCUGUGUCGCAGCUGCUAUGGAGGCGUUUCCAAAGUUGUUUUUUAAAAGAGUCCCAUUCAUUAACACACUCAGGUUUAUAAACACGCACAAACUGAGAAAUACCAGAAUUACCCUUGUUGCCAUAAUAAAAUGUAAAGCAUCUUUAUGAAAGUUCUAAAUAUAUUUGACAUGUUUUACAGA